AUGUCUGCUCUACAAUACCUUAAGACAGGGGCCCUGCUCGCCACCAUCGCACAUGUCACAGGCUACACUGUAUCUGUAAAGCAAGGCGACGACGCAGUUCUCUCCCUUCCACGUAUAGAAUUGUGUGGCCAGUACACGCUUCUGGACCCUCUGCUUCGUCCAGUGGUAGUAUUGGAAAGUGGGAGCGUUGCCAACCCCAUCGGGUCCUACGCAAACAGGGUGAAGAUUGAACCGACGUCGGAUGGUUUCCGGUUUAUGUUGCGUAACUUGACGUUACAAGAUGCGGGGAAUUAUAAACUCGCGACAUCUUCAUUGACUACAUUGGAAUGUAUAAAUCAGUCAUACGACAUUUCUGUCUCAGGCGAGUCGUUCACCACGUGGAGUAGUUGGUCGGACUGUUCAGUGGAGUGUAGCCCGAAGAUUUGGCGCACUAGAACACGAAAAUGCACCGUUGUCGGUGGGUGUGUCGCCCUUGGUAACACCCAGGAGACUCAGUCGUGUGCUAAGGGGGACAACUGUGGGCACUGGAGCGCGUGGGGUCAGUGGGGCGAGUGCAGCGCCAAGUGUGGCAAGGGAUUCCAGGUCCGCAAGAGGGCGUGUGUGAGCGAGAGUGCCGUGCUUGUGAAGAGCUCGCUGUGUCACGGUAACCCUACCCACUCUCAGAUGUGUCUCACAGUAUGCGAAGUCGUUGGCACGUGGUCCACAUGGGGUGAAUGGAGCGCAUGCUCAACUUCAUGUGGAGCCGGCACGAGGUUGAGGACACGUUACUGCUCCCCUGAGACGAUGUCACGUGAAGUGACAUUGAACUGCACGCGGGGCAACACUACAGAGAAGGAGUCGUGCGUUAGCACGUGCAAAGGUUGGUGCACUUACAAUGUGCGUCAUUACAUUGUUGGAGAGGUGCUCUCUCCUACGACCAUUAUGCCUGACGACGCUGGUUGGAGGGACGACAAGCUCACGGUGGCCAUGACGGUAGCAGGAGUCGCGUGCGGUGUCACGGUGUUGGCGGUGGUCGUUGUCGUCAGUGUUCUCAAGUGCUGCCGGAAGGGGGAGCUGCGUCGACCGAGUCUGCCGACGAUCAGACCCGCAAACGAAGCGACCAAACGACGACAAAACACAAAGAAUAAAUCCCCGGUAACCGUUGACACCAUUAACGGUAACGUGUACUCGGAGUUCAAUUCUGGGUGGCCUUCCGACGAGUUUGACUCAACGUACGCUUUGGAUAAUGGGGAAUUCGACAAAGAAGACGCCGAUGAAAUGAGAAACCCAGACAAUGAGAAUGUUGAAGCUGGUGAUAAUCUUAGGAACGAAGAAAACGCCAUCGUCGACGCAAAACGUAUCAGAGCGUUAGGGUCGGCAAUUCCAGCGUUUUCUGUUAGGGUUAAAGCCCCUGAUGAAAGUGAAGCAAUUGGAAGAACGAGAUACAAUAUUGAAAUAUUGGGUUCAAACGAGUCUGCGCCCGCCGUCUGUGAGCGCUCAGAAACGACGUAUGCAACAUCUCGCGUUUCGUUCCAGAAGUACUCCGAAGACAGCGGUAUUGCGGAUAAGUCACGAAACAAUUCUUUAGAAGCCGACAAACUCGAUCCAGGCGGACAGGAAAGUAUGGCGAAGCUAAAAGAAACCGAUGAUGACGAGGAAGUGGUCGAGAAUGUGUUUUACGAGCCACCCGAACUCUGGAGCGUUCACGAUGUCAAGCAUGCCGAUAAAAUGGCUUCGCUGAGACGGGAAAGCGAGACCAUGUUCCGUGAGGAAUUACAGGAUUCUGCGAGAUCAUACAAGUUCAGUGGAAGCACCGGCUUGUAUUAUGAACCACCGGAGGAAGAUCAAGAUACGCCUGUAAAUGACAGAGGAAAUGGCGUAGCAGACGAAGAACAUAUAUACGAAGACGAUGAAUCAAUAUACCGUAACUGCGAGACCGCGAAUUCUGGAGGUUGGUUAAGUUUUGACCACGAUUCGGCGCUGGCCUGGAACGGAGGUAAACAACUUAGCAGUCAAUGUAAUAUUGAUAACAAAUACGAACAUAAGGGAGGCAAAGCUAAUUUAAAUGAAUUUGUGCAUGAAUCUAAUGAUCACGAAGAGGAGUCAAUAUCAAAUGUCCACAUUCAUCCAGACCCCGAAGAGCACAUAUAUGAAAACGGGAUGCUUAUGGCCAAGACGCUGUACGAGGUGCCUAAGAACAACUUCGGGAGGAAUAACGCAGCAGAUGGAAGAGGGUCGAUCGAUAAGCAAAGAAUUUACGACGUUCCAAACUUCAAUAAUCCAUAA